UAUUCUUGGAUAUUGCUGCUAGCGCUCUGCUACGAAACGUGUUUCUUUGGCGGUUUUCAGUCGCAAAUAUGAGGAAGAACUUUGAAAUGCUCCAUACCGAGGGGGGAUUAUUCCACGGUUAAAUGGGGGAAGAUAUUUUCCCAGCUCUUCGCUUUACUACAAAGUCACUGGUGAUAAUGGUCUUGGUGGGUCGGCGCUCGACUUUGUUGGAUCCGGUUUCCUUUCAGCGCAGCCGGAGCUGAGAGACCUGGAUGUGCUGGGCCUUCUGGCAGCGACCUCUCAGGGGAUCAUCUUCAAGGGAUCUUCUUCUGUGUUUUGCAUGGCAGAGAUCUGCUUUCCUGCUGCCCCGCUAAAGUCGCAUGGCCUAAACGAAUGAAUAUUUUUAUGAGGCACCUCGGAGCAGAGAUGGGCCAGGACCAAACCAAGCAGCAGAUCGAGAAGGGCCUGAGGUUGUACCAAUCCAACCAGACUGAUAAAGCUCUGCAAGUGUGGACAAAAGUGUUGGAGAAGACCUCAGAUCCUGGAGGAAAGUUUCGAGUUUUGGGAUGCUUGAUCACGGCUCACUCGGAAAUGGGGAAAUAUAAAGAUAUGCUCAAGUACGCCUUGGAUCAAAUCGACACGGCCAGAGAAAUGGAGGACCCCGACUACCUGACCGAGGGUUAUCUGAACUUGGCGCGCAGCAACGAGAAGCUGUGCGACUUCCACAAAACGGUAUCCUAUUGUAAGACCUGCUUAAACAUGCAGGGCACCACUGUCAGUCUGCAGCUCAACGGUCAGGUAUGUCUCAGCAUGGGCAACGCCUUCCUGGGCCUCAGCCUCUUCCAGCAAGCUUUGGAGAGCUACGAGAAGGCCCUCCGCUAUGCACACAACAAUGACGAUAAGAUGCUGGAGUGCAGAGUCUGUUGCAGUCUGGGAAACAUCUACAUCCAUCUGAAGGACUAUGAGAAAGCCCUGUUUUUUCCCUGCAAAGCGGCCGAGUUGGUCAACGACUACGGCAAAGGCUGGAGCCUCAAGUAUCGAGCCAUGAGCCAGUACCACAUGUCCGUAGCCUACAGGAAGCUGGAACGCCUGCCAGACGCCAUGGAAUGCUGCGAGGAGUCUAUGAAAAUCGCCCUGCAGCAUGGUGACCGUCCUCUGCAGGCCCUGUGCUUGCUAAACUUUGCAGACAUACACCGCUACAGGCGGGACUUUGAUAAAGCAUUCCCUCGUUACGAAUCUGCGUUAGGCAUCAUGACUGAGAUUGGGAAUCGUCUUGGACAAGGUCAUGUGCACCUGGCUGUCGCAAAGUGUUGGCUUCUGCUCAAGGAAUAUGAUAAGGCUCUUGAUUCGUUAGAGCGAGCACAGGCGCUGGCAGAUGGAAUGGGAAACAAGCUGUGCACACUGAAGGCCCACUGUUUGAGGGAAGGCAUCUACAGGAGCCAAGGGAAGCAGGAGGAGCUACGAGAGCAGGUGGUGAAGUUCCUGCAGUGUGUGGAGGAGCUGGAGCUCUACUGCGGCAUGUGUGGCGAGUCCAUCGGGGACAGGGACCAAAAGCUGCAGGCCUUACCCUGUUCCCAUAUUUUCCACCUCAAGUGUCUGCAGACUAACGGGACAAAAGGUUGUCCCAAGUGUUUCAAGAACUCCAUGAAGCCUGGGUUUGUGUGAUUGUGCCCAUCGAUUGUGUCCAAACAUGGCGACUUGAUGCCUGACUGCCUGCUGACUGGUCUAAAUGAAGCGGGGAGCGGCCUCGGGAAGUGGUGAAGUGUUUGAGGAGGGUCUCACAUGCUGUCAGGUGAGAGAACGAUGCUGAACUGAAGCAGGAGUCCUCACUUCUGAGGACACCUGAAGGUAUGUUCUAUACUGACAUCAGCCUGGGAGAGACUGAGGAAGACAGUAGAGGUUAAAGUACAGGCUGAAAUAGCCUCACUCUGUCUGUAGAGGAAUGUGGACUCUUCAUUACGUUAACUCUAUUUAACUAUUCUAUGCAAUAUUACUGUAUUAUAAGAGGAUGAGAUUUCUUUAUUUACACCUUUUUAUGCAUAUUAUGUUUUCUUUUUAUUUUCUUCUUGUACAUACUGUACCAUCAUGAAGUGUAGUGGAAAAACUUAACCAGACUCUCAUGUCUUUACUGUUUUUUUUCUCCGUAUUUAUUGAGAUGAGGAACCGACACACAUUGAGGUCUUCAUAGAAAUUCCUUGUUCUCUUUUACACAUCAGCAGUUAAGGACGCCGAUUGUUUAAUAGGAAAUCUACCGGGUCGGUCGCUUUAAUGUGGGUUUGUCAUUUGUAAAUAGUUAUCAAUUGAUUUGAAAAGAUGUGAGAAGCUUUAGAAUGGAGGACUCUGUAUUCUAAAGUCAGAUGUUGCAUGCUUCAUUGACUAUAGAACACCAAGAAAUUACAAUGAAUAAUCCAAAUCUCUGUAGUGGGUUUAUUUACUUGAGCAUUUGCAUUUAAUUAUGUUUAGCUGAUCUCAAACUCCUUAUGUAUUUAUUUUUUCCCACAUUGUAAUUGGAUGAAAUAUUAGAAACACAAUGCAUUGCCAUUUUACACUACUGUAGACUACAACUAUUAUUAUAAACCUAAAAAUCUGUACAAUAUCUUUGCAAAGGUAAUGUUUUUGAUGCAGCUCCAAUUCAGGAGCUGAUUAUUGUACUGGGGUAGCUAAUGUGUACUUUUUGGCGUUUGUUUGCAUCGCUUUCAAACAGAUGAAUUCUAUUGAUGCCCCAUUACAAAACAUGAUACAUUGUUUGAAAUAAACCAAACCACUUCAGUGUAAGAAUAAAUAAACUACCUCUACAUGCUGUCAUGUUAAAAUGUGCAUCACAUAUCCAGAAUCAUCAUCAUCUCAGUGAUACUGGAAUAACUACCGGUACUUGGAAAUUAAAGGAUUUAAACACAUUUUGACACUAGCAGGGUUUUUCAAAGUGUGACGUGACCUUCCUUGAAGGCACCAGUGGAUAUCAUUGAAUGCACAGAUAAAGAAUUUCAGUCUGGGGUAGGUGGGGGAACUCCCCAGAACAAUUUUCUGGGGGGGCGUGGAGGCCCCAAGUGUGUUAUAUUCUGUCGUCCCACACUUUGAACAGCCCUGUUGAAAAGGUACAACUGGUAUUAGGAACUCUACCAUGGCGGUAUAAUGUGUUGCGUACAUUACCUGUCUGCCUCUCUUAUGUGCUACAUUGUGUUUAUGUGUAUGAAUGCAUUCAGUUGUCCAGUGCAAUGUAUCUUGUUUACAAAAUAAAUCAUAAAAAAAAUUGGUAGAAUUCACACCACUUUAUUCCAACAAUGUUAC